CGCAGGAUUAUUACGUAUGUAGACCGGGAACGGGUUCGACUGCAUGGUUCUCUUUAAGCACGACUGCACAGCCUCUCCUCUGAUAUCGAAUUGAAACCCACAUGCCGCCUAAAAAAAUGGCCCCCAAGCGCAAGUCCGAGGCCCUCGUAGAGAAUGGCCAUGAGGCCAAAAAGUUAAAAGUUUCUCACAGGAGUCAUGGCAAAGUUGCCGGUCAGGUUCUGGUUCUGGGCCAGGGUGACGUCGGGCAGUUGGGUUUAGGCGAGGACAUCGUUGAGAGAAAGAAACCUGCACUUGUGUCACUGUCUGAGAAAGUGGUCCAAGUGACGGCGGGAGGAAUGCACACCGUUUGUCUCAGUGAAACUGGAAAUGUUUACACGUUUGGCUGCAAUGACGAGGGCGCACUUGGCCGUGACACGACUGAGAUGGGGUCCGAAAUGUCUCCUGGAAAGGUGGCGCUGGAUGGGAAAGUGGUCCAGGUGUCGGCUGGGGACAGCCACACUGCUGCCCUCACAGAUGACGGCGCAGUCUACAUCUGGGGCUCCUUCAGGGAUAACAACGGCGUGAUCGGGCUCCUGGAGCCCAUGAAAACCUCUGCUCUGCCUCUGCAACUUAAGGUCUCGGAACCAGUUGUGAAAAUUGCCUCAGGGAACGAUCAUCUGGUCCUGCUGACGGUGGAGGGAAACCUCUACACGCUGGGCACUGCAGAGCAGGGUCAGCUGGGAAGAGUGCCCGAGCUGUUGUCGGUCCGAGGAGGCAGGAGAGGCCUCGGCAAGUUGCUGGAGCCACACUUAGUGAAAAUCAAGGGCAAAGUUCAUUUCGUGGACGCCUUCUGUGGAGCGUACUUCACCUUCGCUGUGACGAAAGAGGGACUCGUGUACGCGUUUGGGCUCUCAAACUACCACCAGCUGGGCACCAAGAACCCAGAGAUCUGUUUCCUGCCAGUCAAGCCCACUUAUUUCAAGAACUCCACCACCUCCUGGACGGACUUCUCCGGAGGGCAGCACCACACUGUCUGUCUCAACGAUAAAGGGCAGGUCUACAGUCUGGGAAGGUCAGAAUAUGGGCGCCUUGGCCUCGGCAAGGAGGCUGAGGAGAAGCGGGAGCCCACUCUGGUGUCAGGGAUCCAAGCAGCUGUCGGGGUCACGUGCGGCGCGUCCGUCAGCUUCGCUGUCACCAAAGAAGGGUCCGUGUACGCCUGGGGGAUGGGCACCAACCUGCAGCUGGGCACCGGAGAGGAGGACGACGAGUGGGUCCCAGUCAAGAUGACAGGCAAGCAGCUGGAGAACCGCUCAGUUCUGAUGGCGUCCAGCGGAGGGCAGCACACCGUCCUUUUGGUCACAGACAACCAGGAGAGCUGAUGUUUCUCUCCUCCCAAAUCACGAUGGGGGUUGGGGGGGUCUGUCCUGGCGAUUGGCUCAUCGAGUGCCUCAUGGGGCGUGUGUGCGUGCGCAGGUGUGUGUGUUGAAACGGGGUGCUUUUAAAAGAAAUCCUUUUUUGCUUAGAACUAAGCUUCCACUAUAAUCAGCAAGUGUCAAAUAAGAGGCUAUUUUUUUAAAUCAUAUCGCCGGUUUGGUUUGAAAUUGGUGUGUGUGAGUCCCCGGAGCAUUUCAGACAGGAGUGUGCGCCCUGAUAUGUGAGACUACUACUUCUGUUUCCCGCACAACUACUUUCACGGUGGCCUCCGUCUGGCUGCUGUUCCGCUCUGAAAAUAAAGAUGACAUUUUUAAGUUUUACAUCCUCUGGUGUCUGUGCCGACCGUGCGCCGUCAUGUUCUCUCACCAACAGAAGUCCUCGGGUUUAAUACAAACAAUGCUUCCAUCAAGCAAAGGCCCGGGCUGAAGAGC